CACAAGUCCAAUCUGCUCCAAACGGAGUGUCGUCUGCAAAAUUGAUAGAAUGCGCGUUCAACCUAAUGAAGUCAUUGGACAGUUCUUUCGUAAGAAUUGCUGAAGGAGGUGAUAAUUGCGAACAACUAGCUCGACCCUCAUCGAUAAACUCAAAUUUUAUCGAGAAAGACUUUGAAUACUUAGAAAAGUCUGCAUUUUAUAGGGUUUUUGAUCAAAAGACAUCCUUUGAAAAUUCAUACAAUCAAAUAUAUCAACAUUACAUAUACCAAGAGGUAAAAGUUGGAGACAAAUUUCAUUUCGUGUUUCAAAAGUCGAAUACAGACAGGUUAACUAUAACAUUCAGAGACACAACAAAUACAAUACAAGCUGUGAAAUUCAACGAUAAUUCAACGCAAUUAGUAUUAACAAAUGUGGGUCUUUCUGGUCAAAAUGAAAAUGAAAAACUUGCAUCUCCUCUCCAGGACUUCAAAAUCUACAAGAUCAGAUUUGAGAUACUCCAAUAUCACUGGAAGAUCACAGUAAACGACAAAGUGCUUCCAAAAAUUAACCAUCACGGCUUGAUUACAAACAUCGAAGUGAUCUUUGUCAGGUUAGGUCCUUCGAUAAAAUAUCUGUCAAAAUAUUUCAAUCCAAGAAAUCAACCAACAGGUAUAACAGGAUGGUGAACAGUGACAUGGUUUGAAAAUUUAGUUAGUUUUUGUGAUGAAACUACGAUAACAUUUGAUCAACAUAAAGUGUUAAUAUUUAUGACUGAAUCAAAAUUUGUAACAUUAUUUGUUUAUAAAUACGACAAGUGUAUAGUAUACGGUUAUUCGUUAUGCCUAAAGGUUCAAUGUUGUGUACCGUUACAAUAUGAACUAAAAACAUGUGGUUCAUUAAGUUAAAACUAAAACUAUUCCGUGGGUGUCUGUGUUGCCCUUUGCCUUUUGUCAGGGAACUGAACCAUUGCGAACGCAUGUGAAAGUUGUGGUUUCAGCAGAGAUGCCAUUUCAUGUCAAAAUCUAGAACCACUUAUAAUAUAUAGGACAAAAUUACAAAGUUAAUAGAUGGAUUCAAGAAACAAAAGCUUUAGGUUACUGCUUUCAAGAAGAAAUAGCUGCUUACAGCUGAGCAUGUCUUCGCGUUCAAAUUGUCAACAAAGUAAGGAAUAUAAACAAUAUAAACUGCUACUGGCAUUUGUGAAAUAAAAAAAUUGUAUUCUAAAAAAAUAUCAUAAAACUUUCUCUGUGUCCCUUUCGAAUUUCCCUUUCCGCCAUUUAUACAUUUGUGAUAAGUGUUCAUUUCUCUAUUCGGUGAAUAACAGCAAGAAUAAUUUCGAUUAAAUGAAAAAAGUGACGCCUAAUAAUUAAAGUAAUUUACAAAUGAGCUUCUAAUUAACGCUACGCACUAGGAUUUGACUUGCAUCUAUAGGAGGUCACUUUCUCGCGACAUUUCAAACAGCCAAUCAUCAUCGAGCUUUUACAAAUUUUAAAAAAGCGAUCUGGGUUUUAAAUUUAACCGCUGAAAAUUUUUAAAUUUCACAAUUUCGAGAACAAGCAUGGCAUGUAAACCGGCAGAACAAUCUUGCCCAUUAAAAGUUGAGUCUAUUAUUUCCAGUAUAUUUGUUUCAAAUUACUUGAAACAAUUUGAUUUCUGACAAAAAUCAACAAUAUGUUUUGUUCCCACGGACAGCGAUAUUUUGAAACUUCUUCUUAUGCCCAUAUGUGAAGGACGGUUUUUGAGUGCAUGGCUAAAAACAAGUUUAUCGGGAAAUUCGAAUCACAAUGAAGGUGGCAAUCAGGUCAACAUAUGCAAGAAAUAACUUAAGUAUAUCA